CUUCACUAAAUCACUAGCAUCGAUUUUUUUUGUUUCAGAACACCGGUGUGAUCACGGCAGCAUGACUUGUAUAAUUAACGUUGUAAUGCUCAAGCUAUGCGUCUUCUUUUUUAAAAGUCAGAUUGUGACUCCAUCAGAGAGUGCCAAAGUGGAAGAAACAAUCAAUGCCACUGUUGGAGGAAGUGUGCUAUUUUCUGUAAACUGUACCCCUUCCCUGAAUCUAUCAAUAGAAUGGAAGAAAAGUGGAAAUAGCGAACAUUAUAUCGUAAUGCUUCCAUUUGGCGUACGGGAGCACACUAUUUUUGAAAGUUACGAAGGACGAGUGGAAUUUUUUGAAAACGGCUCCUUUGCAUUAACUAACAUUCAACUGAAUGAUACAGGAUUGUACACUGUGACAUUGAUAGACAACACUACAGGGAAACAAGUGACAAUAAAAAAGCAGUUGUUUGUAACUGCCAGAACAAAUGAUCCUAAUGAUGAACAGAUUAACAAUGAAGAAAAUAUAACAAGUACUGAGGCCAACAAAUGGUGGAAAUUCACUGCCAUUAUCAUUAGUGCCAGUCUGCUUGGGACUGCUGUAAUCUGUGUUAUAUCCAUAUGCUUCAUGUGCAGAAGAAUGUGGAGAAAUACAGCGGCUGCAAGUUCAGGUGUGAAGAGGAAUGAGAAUUCAAGUAGCAAUGUUCCAGAGAUUGUUUAUUCAACUUACGUAGGUGCAUAUGCUAAUUACGGGAAGUCAUGUCAAGCAACAUCUUUGGAUCAAACAUGAGAAGAAAACUACAGUGAAAUGUCAUUGAUGAACUUGAUGAUGUUAUUUAAAAGUGCACAAAGGAACUUCCAAAAUCUGCACUCCUAUUAUCCAUCUUCUUGGUUAUUCACAUAGGCCUGUGCCAUGGAAGCUACUAAAAUAUGAGCUCUGCAUUCCUCACUGUACUCUCCCAUGGAUCCAGCACGACCCCAGGAGACAUAAUUAAAAAAUAUUUCUCAAGUGUGCAACAUCAUAAGCCAUGAGGGCAGCUGCUAAAAAGAUUACACUCUCUUUAGCUCUUCCACAAGCAAUGUCCAUAGUUAUGAGAGAAAUUUAUGUGCUGCCUGUUUGAAUGGACCCAUUUUCAACUGGUCCUUUGUGGUGCUUAUCAAACUGCACUCAGCUGGGGUUAAUUAAUCUGAUCCUUAAUCCACCUAGAACAGAAACUGAGUCAGUCAGAUCCCAUUUGAAUUCUGUCAUGAAGUCAAUGGUAAGUAGAAUUCAAUGGUUAAAAUGACUGAGCAGUUGAUUGUAGGAAUUUGCCUGUGAGAAUAAGAACUUAAAAACAUAAGAAAUAGAAGCAGAAUAGGCCAUCUGUCCUGUCAAGCCUGUUCCAGCAUUCAAAAAGGUCACAGCUAAUCUGACCAUGGACCUUCCUACCUUUUCCCUAUAGCCCUUACUUCCCCUACUAUGCAAAAAUCUAUCCAACCUUGUCUUACAUAUGUUUACUAAGGUAGCCUCCACUUCUUCAUUGGGCAGAAAAAUCCGCAGAUUCACCAUUCUCCGAGAAAAGCAGUUCCUCCACAUCUCUGUCCUAAAUCUACUCCGCUGAAUCUUGAGGCCUAUGUCCUUGAGGAUGUAACGAGGAAGUUAGACGGGGGAGAUCCAGUGGAUGUAGUGUACCUCGAUUUUCAGAAGGCAUUUGAUAAGGUCCCACAUAGGAGAUUGGUGGGUAAAAUCAAAGCUCAGGGCAUCGGGGGGAAGGCAUUGACAUGCACAAGAACCUGGUUGGCAGAUAGAAAGCAAAAGGUAGCAGUGAAUGGGUGUUUCUCGGAAUGGCAGGUGGUGAUAGUGGGGUGCCACAGGGCUCGGUAUUGGGACCACAGCUGUUUACGAUUUUCAUCAAUGAUUUAGAUGAAGGCAUUGAGAAUAACAUCAGCAAGUUUGCUGAUGAUACUAAGCUGGGUGGCAGUGUGACAUGUGUUGAGGAUGUUAGGAGAAUUCAGGGUGACUUGGAUAGGCUCGGUGAGUGGGCAGAUACUUGGCAGAUGAUGUUUAAUGUGAAUAAGUGUGAGGUUAUCCACUUUGGGAAUAAGAACAGGAGAGCAGAUUAUUAUCUGAACGGUGUAGAGUUGGGUAAGGGAGAAAUACAAAGAGAUCUAGGAGUCCUUGUUCAUCAGUCACUGAAGGUGAAUGAGCAAGUGCAGCAGGCAGUGAAGAAGGCUAAUGGAAUGUUGGCCUUUAUUUCAAAGGGAAUUGAGUACAAGAGCAAGGAAAUCCUCUUGCAUUUGUUCAGAACCCUGGUGAGACCACACCUGGAGUAUUAUGUACAGUUUUGGUCUCCAGGGUUAAGGAAGGACAUCCUGGCUGUAGAGGAAGUGCAGUGUAGAUUCACAAGGUUAAUUCCUGGGAUGUCUGGACUGUCUUAUGCAGAGAGGUUAGAGAGAUUGGGCUUGUACACGCUGGAAUUAAGGAGAUUGAGAGGGGAUCUGAUUGAAACAUAUAAGAUUAUUAAGGGAUUGGACAAGAUAGAGGCAGUAAAUAUGUUCCAGAUGCUGGGAGAGUCCAGUACCAGAGGGCAUGGUUUGAGAAUAAGGGGUAGGUCAUUUAGGACAGAGUUAAAACCUUCUCCCAGAGAGUUGUGGGGGUCUGGAAUGCACUGCCUCGGAAGGUAGUGGAGGCCAAUUCUCUGGAUGCUUUCAAGAAGAAGCUAGAUAGGUAUCUUAUGGAUAGGGGAAUCAAGGGAUAUGGGGACAAGGCAGGAACCGGGUAUUGAUAGUAAUUGAUCAGCCAUGAUCUCAAAAUGGUGGUGCAGGCUUGAAGGGCCGAAUGGUCUACUUCUGCACCUGUUGUCUAUAGUCUAUUGUCUAUAGUCCCCUGGUUCUAGUCUCACCUACCAGUAGAUCAACUUUCCUGCCUCUAUCUUAUCUAUCCCUAUCAUAAUUUUAUAUAUUUCUAUAAGAUCUCCUCACAUUCUUCUGAAUUCCAUUGAGUACAGUCCCAGGCGACUCAAUCUCUCCUCAUAGUCUAUCCCUCUCAUCUCUGGAAUCAACCUGGUGAACCUCCUCUGCACUGCCUCCAAAGCCAGUAUAUUCUUCCUGAAGUAAGGAGACCCGAACUGUACGCAGUACUCCAGGUGCGGCCUCACCAGUACCCGGUAUAGUUACAGCAUCACCUCCCUACUCUUAGGUUCAAUCCCUCUAGCAAUGAAAGUCAUAAUUCUAUUUGCCUUCUUGCUAGCCUGUUGCACCUGCAAGCCAACCUUUCCUGAUUCAUGCACAAGCACUCCCAAGUCCCUCUGCACAGCAGCAUGCUGUAAUUUUUUACCAUUUAAAUAAUAACCAGCUCUUUCAUUUUCCCUUCCAAAGUGGACGACCUUGCAGAAUGUUUAAGUGGUGGUUCCUUCUGUUGAAAUUAACAUUUCCUGAUAUGGUUAGGGUUAAAUUUAGCACGUUUACCACUUUGUAUCCAUUUAAGCAGGCAGCCUGCACAUUGAUGAAAGGUCUCGGCCCAAAAUGGCAACUCUUUAUUCCUUUUCACAGAUGCUGCCUGACCCACUGAGUUCCUCCACCAUUUUGUGUGUGUGUUACUCUGGAUUUACAGCAUCUACAGAAUCUCUUGAGUGUUUGAAGGCUGCCUUUGUACACAUCUGAUUUGAGUGCAGACACAAGUGCAUUCAGUCUCAUUUACCUUCCUCUAUUGUUGAGAGGCCUGGGAUUAGCAUUGGAUGAUAUAUUUUCCCCAUUUAUUUUCACUAUGAAAAUAGAUGUGCAGGGAAUUAGUUAGUAACCUUAUCAGUUAUUCUUACAUAGUGAUGAAGAACGUUGCUUUUGUGGACGUCACUGAUAGAAUUUCAGCUUCUAAUGUUUUCCUGUCAUUCAUUCUUUGGGGUUGUCUUCUGUUUUCAUGGAUGUUUGUGAAGAGUAAGAAUUUCAGGUUGUAUACUAUAUACAUUCUCUGAUAUUAAAUGGAACCAUUGAACCAUUGAAUUUAAAAAGAAAUAGCAUAUCUUAAAUCCAAAUCUGAGAUUAACAUAUACAGUCCUAAGUGAAUGCUAUUUUCAAAUAUUUCAAAGAUUAUUUUUAGAAACAGAAGAUUUCUGCAUUGCAUGUACAGUUUUUAAGUCAUACGAGUUUCAUUACUAUAAUCCAUUAUUAACUGGAAUGUGAAAAUACAUCUUCAGUCUCUGAGCCUUAAGCAUUCACAGUAGUAGUGGCUGCAGUUUGUACUCCAUUGCCAGGUUCAUUUCCAUUUCUCUACAAGUGAACAUAUAACCAACUUUUCAGCAUAUUUAGCUCAAACAAUUAAGGACACAUUUCUAUCAAUUAGAUUUAUGGAUCAUUAUUUUAAUUUGUGCAAUAAUUUGUUAAAUUGGACCAUGAUUGUUGAUCGUGGUGAUGCCAGCUUUCAAUUUCUACCUUAAUCAAUAAUUCCUUCUAACAGAUUUUCCAAAUCACACUAGCCAAAGAGUCCUAUGUUGACCCAUGGAUGGGAUGACACACAACUACAGUACUUCAUUACUGAAUAAAUUAAUCCUGUUAUUAAAAAGUUAAUGAUGAUAACAAAGAAAUUUCAUGUAAAUAUACUAAACUUCCACAUAGUUAAAUUCUAAGGCUCCAAUUUCAAGGAACAAAUCUAUUAACUGAUGGAUGUUCUGAUUCCUGUAAGUUUUCUACUGCAACAUUAUUCAAGAAUUGAAGGUGACACCCUUUAUUGUUAAAACACAAUUUAGUUAGAAGUAGUUCACAUUUUAUUGAAUUAUUUCAAUGAAACAGAUCAAUUUUGACAUUGAGUGAAUGGUCCUGAAUAUUUUACUUCCAGUUUCAGAUUAACAGAUAUCAGAAAGAUCCCAUUGCAUACAAACUAUUCCUGUGAUUUUCCUUCUUUAGUACGGUUGAUUUUGUAUUUUCUGUUAAAUGAAAGGUGUAUUAUUUAUAUAUCAAUUAAAUUAAAGUGUCUAGAUUUCGAUGUCCAUUCAGUUGACAAAAAUAUCUUUUCUCUUUUUGAAUGCUGAUGCUUCAUGGAAAGAAUUACCAAUCAGACCUCUGACAUAACAUUAAUGUAUAACAAAACAGCUGAUAUUUAUAACCAUUGAUGAAAAAUGGCUAAAAGUUUCAAUGCUGAAAAUGAAUGCAUUUUGCACACUAAAAUAUUCAACUGGGUAGGACAAUUUGUGUUUAUAUUUAAAAUGGAGCAACAUUUCCAUACAAAUGUAGUGCCUUUUGUCUUUUUACUGUUUCUUAUAUUGUGUGCUCCAGAUAUUUUGUGUUGAUAUAUUAAACAAUAAAAACAGUUGAAACAUGAGAGAUUUUGCAGAUGCUGGAAAUCCAAAGCAACACACACGCAAAGUGUGUGAAGAGAAGAUUUACUAGAAUGUUACCUGGGUUUCAGCACCUAAGUUGGAGCAUAGAAGGUUGAGGGGGGACUUGAUAGAGGUAUUUACAAUUAUGAGGGGGAUAGAUAGAGUUGAUGGGGAUAGACUUUUUCCACUGAGAGUAGGGGAGAUUCAAACAAAAGGCCAGGAGUUGAGAAUUAGGGGGCAGAAGUUAUGGGGUAACACGAGGGGGAAUUUCUUUACUCAGAGAGUGGUAGCUGUGUGAAACGUUCUUCCAGUAGAAGUGGUAGAGGGAGGUUCGGUAUUGUCAUUUAAAGUAAAAAUUGGAUAGGUAUAUGGACAGGAAAGGAAUGGAGGGUUAUGGGCUGAGUGCAGGUCAGUGGGACUAGGUGAGAGUAAGCAUUCAGCAUGGACUAGAAGGGCUGAGAUGGCCUGUUUCCAUGCUGUAAUUGUUAUAUGGUUAUAUGGUUAUAUGGUUAUAAAGUGCCAGAAGAACUCAGCAUGUUGGGUAGCAACUAAUGAAUGAAUAGACAGUUGAUGUUUCAGAAUGAGAUCUUUCUUCAGGACUGAAAAGUAAGGGGAAAGACACCAGAAUAAAAAAAGUAGAUGGAGGGGAAGAGAAUAGCUUGAAAGUGCCAGAUAAAGCCAGUAGGAAAAGUGAAGAUCGGGAAUUGAAAGAAUUUGAUAGGAGAGGAGAGUGGACCAUAGAAGAAAGGGAAGGAGGAGUGGCACCAAGGGAAGGUGAUAGGCAGGCAAGAAGUGGUGAGAGACCAGAGGUGGGAGAGGGAAAUUUUUUACCGGAAGGAGAAAUUGGUAUUCAUGCCAUCAGGUAGGAGGCUACCUAAAUGGAAUAUAAGGUGUUACUCCUUCACCAUGAGGGACAUCAUGGCACAAGAGAUGUCCAUGGACUGACAUGUUAGAACAGGAAUGUGAAUUGGAAUUAAUAUGUUUGAACAUCAGGAAAUUGUGCUUCUGGCAGGUGGAGCAGAGGUGUUUGAUAAGGCAGUCCUUCAAUUUACAACGGGUCUUACCAAUGUAGAGGAGGCUAUAUUGAGAAGCCUAGCAGGUUCACAGGUGAAGAGUUACAUCACCUGGAAGGAGUAUUUGGGGUUCUGAAUGGAGGUGAAGGAGGAGGUUAACACUUUCAAGUUUGUACUUAGAAAACACAAUGCAACUUCUCUGGGACGUCUGUGUAUAUGAUUUGCACUCUUUGAUUCAUCUUAUGCCACCUUCCUGCUCAAGAAUAUUUACACAUAUGCCAUCUUUGUAAACUUUUGCCCUGUUGAAGGAGAGCAAGCUAAGUAACUUAGAGAUGGAUAUGCUCAGAACCAGAUCAAAAACAAAAUGCAUAUGUCACAUAGCCACUCAAAAUCCAUCGAGGUGAUGCUAAACAUUGGGAGACACAGGACAUAUAGGGACUCUUCCAUGUAUUAUGUAUGACAGACAUGGAGGACUUCCUUUAAUAUUUUGUGGAAAUUGAUCUAUGAUUUGCAUUGAGCGGCAAUACUGCAUUUUCCAAUUUUUACACAUACAUACCACAGGAUCUCAUAGCUAAAAGCUGACGAGACUUGCAAAAGUACUUUGACAGAAGUCUCAGGAACAUUUAGCUGCAACCAAGACCUCCAGCUUCCAACAUCCUUUUUACACUGGAUAGAAAAUAAAAUAAUCCGCUUUCAUUCUCCUGGGGUGUCAUUUUGUUUCCUAAAUCUUGUAAUCUGAUCAAAUAAACAAUGUGAUUGUACCCAACAGAGAUACAUGUAGCAAAAAGUAAACUGCUGAAGGAACUCAGAGGGUGAAACAGCAUGUAUAGAGACACUUUGAGUCAAGACUCUGCCUGAGUCAAUCCUCAUGUAGGGGCUUGAAUUGAAACGUCAACCAUCCCUUUACCUCUACAGAUGUUGCUUGACCUGCCGAGUUCAUCCAGCAGUUUAUUUUUGCUUGGGAUUCCAGCAGCUGCAUUCAAUUGUGUCUCCAAAGUAUAUAGAGUUGUGGGAAAAUAAAAUAUAUGCCUAUUAAAAAAAAAGGUGAAAGUAUGAAAUUAGAAUUACCAUUUCCACAAUGGAUAACAACAAAGUCAGGUCAGUUGAGUCCACUUGCAGAUUUUCACCUCAAAACAAUUCCAUGAGAAAACUCUAAAUGGCACAUACAGUACAUAAACUGAUCUAUGGGCAGUCUCCAGGAAUGAAUGAACACACACACACACACACACCCCUACACACCUGUUGCUUGGUCUGCCCAAAACUUGUUGGUCUGCUGGCACAGCGAGAUGUCUGUGGAUGAAUACUGCCCACUGACUCAUUCCAGGAGUAUUUGCUGAAGGAGGCACUGAAACUUGGUAUGGUCACUGCACGGGCUCGGUGGGGAAGGACCACUACGUAGAGCUCUUCUCCUACUGGAAAGGGAGGGGCUGGGUUAUGGGAGGAAGCCUCUUAAUUAUUAUUGUAGCAGUGUAUUGCCCCAGAGUGCCACAUGAGUGCCAUUGAUAUGUAUGAAUGCAAUAAAUAGCAUUGUAUAUUAAUGUAAAGAAUGAAAAGGCAUUGAAAGCUUAUUAUUGUAAAUAUUCUUUAUUAUG